AUGAAUUUUCUGGAACUUUCCUCGAAUGAGCACUUGGAAGGGUUGAGCUUCAUGUUGUAUUUCCUCAGUAUAGAGAAUGCGUACCGUAAAUGUCCUAUCAGAUCCUCUACCUCUAAUGAUUUGAUGACGAAUCGUCCAAUCCAUAAAAAAAAAAAUUUACCCCCAAAACACUUAUCACAUUCACUGAGAUGGCUUUGUAUUGUUUGUCAGAAUCCUAAAUUGGAGUCUCUUUCUUCACCUCUCUCUCGAACUCAUCGUCUCCGUCUCUACUGCGUCGUGUUUGCCGGUCAGUUUCUUCAUGGCUUCCAUCGGACAAACCUCCAAUAUUGGGUUACGAUUUUGUUAACAAUUGUCGCAGCCUCUAACAUCUCCUCAGCUCCUGCCGGUGUUAGUGACUCAAUUCCGGUUUCUGCAAACGAUGAAGUAUUGUCUAGUGCUUAUAUCAAGGAGAAAACUUUGAAGAAUCUGUCUAAGCAGCAGCUGAUGGGACCUUAUGCUAUGAAGAAAGUCCAGAUCCAGAACAAGGAGCAAUUGGAAUUGGUGCGGGUGGAGAUCCAUGUUUCAUCAUUAUUCAAUCAACCUAGCUGCUCUCUCCUUGAUAAUGUUUGCAGAGGGCAUGAGCAAACUUGAAGGCAUAGGUUCAACAGAAAGAGAGCGCCUGUGGCCUGAGCUUGUGCAAAGUUUCAAAGAUAUUUUUCAGCGCCUUAAGAAGGAGAAGAGGAAGAAUACAUAAACAUUCUAAAAACAGAAUGGCGAUUAAUCUUUACCAUAGUUAAGAACCUAGAAAAUUGGAAGAGAUGAUGGUCGCUGGUCGUGGUGAGGAAAAUGAAGAUGGAGAAGCUGAUGAGUAUAAGACUUAUGUUGUUAGUAUAAGAAUUUAAUGUUGUUAGUGUAGAUUCUAUGUAAAAUGUAUGUUUUAUGAAUUUAAUGCAAUGUAUAUUUUGGUUAUAAAUCAAUUUGCAGUUUAAAUA